AAAUGAGUGGUAUAUAUAUAUAUAUAUAUUAUAAAGUUGGGAGAAAAAAAAAAUUCAUUUGGCCAUUUCCAAUCCAUAUAGAUCUGCUCGUUUCUCGCUCCCGAUUCUGAGGAAAAGAAAACGAUUUCUCACGAGUUCAAAGCUUAACAACGGAGAGUCCUUUCAGGAUUUGAAGUUGAUAUUGAAUGGAGGGAAUUGGGGGCGACAGUGCAUCAGUUGCAUCACCUUUGCCUCAAUGGGGGCAUGAUGCUUGGAGGAUCUAUCAGUAUUAUCUGGAUAAGACUACUCCUCAUACAGCAUAUAGGUGGAUUGGAACUCUUGUUGUAGCAGCUAUCUACUGUUUGCGGGUCUAUUAUGUUCAAGGAUUUUACAUAGUUUCGUAUGGCCUUGGGAUCUACCUGCUGAAUUUGCUAAUUGGGUUUUUGUCCCCUCUGGUUGAUCCCGAACUUGAAGUUACUGAUGGGCCUUUGCUUCCAACAAAAGGUUCAGAUGAAUUCAAGCCAUUUAUUCGUAGGCUACCUGAGUUUAAGUUCUGGUACUCCAUGACCAAGGCUUUCUGCAUAGCAUUUGUCAUGACUUUCUUUUCGGUAUUUGAUGUCCCUGUCUUUUGGCCUAUAUUGCUUUGUUAUUGGAUUGUUCUCUUUGUCCUUACAAUGAGGCGUCAGAUUGCACACAUGAUCAAAUAUAAGUAUAUUCCAUUCAGCUUUGGGAAGCAGAAAUAUACUGGUAAGAAAGCUUCCCCAAGUAGCGAUGGCUCCCGUGUGGAUUGAAGCUUGGUUGGUUCACAGGUAUGCAGUCACUGCAAAACAAAAGUUGUCCCUGUGAAGGAGUGCUGACACCCCAUUAUUGAAACUUCAUUGUUUAUACUCAUGGUGAUGAAGAAUUUGAUCGAAGUUUUUGAUAUUAUUUGUACAACAUAGUAUUGUUUCUCUCCGCUGCUCUUCUACCUUACUAGUAACUAAUUAUUAGUGACAAAAGAUCAUAUUUCUUUUCAGGAGCUUUCUUUUGUACUCCAUGGGUAUUAUAAUGAAUACAUUUUCCA